ACAGUUGUGAUUGUUUGCAGCUCGCCGUUGCCUGGGAUGUUAUUUUAAGAAAGCAGAAGCAGCAUCAUUUGCACACUCCUUAUAGACACACACCUUGGCUCUGGCUUUCUGGCUUUAGUGUUUCAAAAGUGAAGACAGGAUGAAGAAGACCCACUUGCUUCUCUGGGGAGUCCUGGCCAUUUUUUUCAAGGCUGUCCUUGUAACCGGUGAUGAUGAAAGGAUCAUUCUUGCUGACAACAAAUGCAUGUGUACCCGAGUUACUUCCAGGAUCAUCCGGUCCACCGAGAAUCCUAAUGAGGACAUUGUGGAGAGAAAUAUCCGAAUUGUCGUCCCUCUGAACAACAGGGAGAAUAUCUCGGAUCCCACCUCUCCACUGAGAACGAAAUUUGUGUACCAUUUGUCGGACCUCUGUAAGAAAUGCGAUCCUGUGGAAGUGGAGCUGGGUGAUCAGGUUGUCACUGCCAGCCAGAGCACUCUCUGCAAUGAAGACAGUGCUGUUCCCGAGACCUGCUACAUGUACAACAGAAACAAGUGCUACACAUCCAUGGUCCCACUUAGGUAUCGUGGUGAGACUAAAAUGGUGGCCACAGCUCUGACCCCUGACUCCUGCUACCCCGACUAGUUUGAGUCACUGCUCACUCUGCAACUCUGUCUUUAGGAGCUCUCCAUUUGAACCUAGAAGUUAUCCUUACUGCUAAUGAGUUUGAAACCAGGAUUUUUUUUUUUUCUUUUUGGAUGGUAUAAAACUAACAUUCCCUUAAAAUAGUUAAAAUAUCAACAUUGCUAUCAUUAUUAUGUAAUUCCUUCUUGAUUCUAAGUAUUAAAUCCUCAUGCCUGCCUGAGGAGGUAUUUGCAAGAGUUCAUUUUCUAGUGUUUAAAAAUGUAAACAAGGGGAGAAAGUAAAAUUCCAAGAGUAAAAGUCAAGAGACAUAAUUCAGUUAAAUCCUUUUUCUUUCUUACUUUGCCAUGGAGAGCUGGAACUUCUGCACAUUCUGUACUAUCCUCUCUCUUAAUGUCUCACUGUGUAGAGAAAACAUACACAUAAACGCAGGGCAAUUAUGUAUCUUUACUAGAAGCUGUGAAGGACACAUUUUGGAACUAUUUACAAAACCAUUUUGCUGAAAGUGAUAUGAUUUGAUGCACAAAUGAAAAAAACAUAUUUUCAUAUAACACAGACUUGGCACUUGAUUUUUUUUGAUAAAUUUUUUGUCAAUCAGAUUAUUGUCUGAAAUUCUUAGAGGAGUCUUCUGUGUUGCAGCUGAGUCUAAUGAAAUUUGUAUUCCUAAAUAUGUAUUCUCUAGCACAGUUUGAACAAUUAAAUAGAUUCAUAAGCAUAUA